GAAAAAAAUGGGUCCAUUUAAAUUGAAGAGAGAGUACCUGCUGGCUUCAGUGUGUGUGAUUCUAAGGGUACCAUCCCUUUUCAUAAUGGAGGUGUGGUUUCGAACAGAUCCUCAGCGAGCCAUAGAUUCACGUUCUGUGGACCCUGGACAUGCUGAAUUCAUCACAACCAUAGUUUACUACUCCAUUCUGGCCUUUGCUGUAGCAGUUUUAUUAAUGCCGCUCAGGAAGUUAGUGUCUCUUUAUAUGUACAUUGUCAGCCUAGUCCUGCUCCUAAUGGCACAUCACCUAGCACAGAUUUAUGUGGAAAUGGAGGUAGAUGAACCAGAAACAUACAUUUUCAGUGACAGUGCAGCUCUCAAACGAUUAGGUCUUCAUCUGACUGUGCAAUGUGUAAUGGCAGCAUUCAUUGCUUAUCUGAUUGACAUCACCUCUUGGAGACGGUUUGUCCUCCUCGUGUACACCCUUCCAAUGAUAGCCAGGAUAGCAGGCAUCCCACUCGCUGCCCUGGAACACAUACAUCACUUCUGUUCCCUAUUUACUGUGAUUUUAAUUAUGUUAUUUUUAUUCAACAACAUUGGAUUUGUGCUAGAUAUAGUCAAAGAAAACUUGAUUCGGUGGAAGGCGUUGGCAGACACUAUAGGCUGGGUCUCUCUACUCUUCACAGCCUGGCACACAAUCCUCCUACCCAUUCAGUUCCUUGUCUUCUGGAUCGUCCUCUUCUGUACCCAGCUUUAUGUGUACAUGAUUAAGACACCAAUAAGCCUGUCACAAGAGGGAUGGGUCCUAUUUUUUCUGGCCUGUGUGGGUGAGUGUUGUGCCACACCCAUCAGCCUUAUUGCUCUCUGUAUCACAAUAGCUUAUGCAUCAUACUACAUCCUGACUCUCACUAAACUGUACCUCCAGGGCUGGACAGCAUUUACUGCUGACCAUGACGUGAUGAGAGGAUGGACAGAGGGUUUUACAAUGAUGCUCAUAGCUGUACAGACUGGUCUUCUGGACCUUAAACCUCUUCAAAGGGCAUUCCUUAUGUGUGUAUUACUUUUCAUUGUGGCAUCUUCACUUAUCCAGUCUAUGUAUGAGAUGGCAGACCCAAUUUUGCUUGCUCUCAGUGCUUCACACAAUAAAAAUGUAUUCAAGCAUGUGCGAGCAAUGCUUCUUUUUACAUUCCUGUGGUUGUUUCCCCUUUACAUGACAUACUCCAUAUGCCAAUACUUUGACCUAGAUUUCUGGCUUCUGGUCAUCAUGUCCAGCUGCUUAUUAACAUCAGUGCAAGUUGUUGGAUCAUUAGUGAUAUAUUCUUUAUUUAUGUAUGACGGACUUCGAACAGAACCGUGGGACUCACUAGAUGAUAUUGUGUAUUACACUCGAUCAUUUGUGAGGAUUCUGGAGUUUAUUGUUGCAGUGUUUGUAGUGUGUUAUGGAAUGAAGGAAUCCAUCUUUGGUGAAUGGAGCUGGAUAAAUUCCUCCAUUUUAAUUAUUCAUUGUUAUUUCAAUGUGUGGCAGAGACUCCAGAGUGGAUGGAAAACUUUUCUGUUGAGGAGAGAAGCUGUCAAGAAACUGGAGUCCCUACCGACAGCCUCUGCUCAGCAGCUAGAGGAAUACAAUGAUGUAUGCCCGAUUUGUUACCAGGCUCUCUCAUCUGCAAAAAUUACUCCCUGUGGACACUUCUUCCAUGCAACUUGCCUUAAAAAAUGGCUUUAUGUGAAAGAUACAUGUCCUAUGUGUCACAAAAAACUGCAUGAAACAGCAGAGGAAUCCCAGAAUUCAUCUGAUGACAGGCCUGCACAAAAUGAUAUCAAUCCUGUAGAAAAUGAAGAGGAAAACUCUGAAGCAGAGACAGAAGUGUCUAUUCAGAGUGUGGAAGAUUUAGAAUCCUCAGAGGACAAUUCUGAUGACUCAGUAUAGUCUUCUCGGGAUGAGCCAAUGAAAUUGCUUGAUUCGCAAUGAGCUGAAGCUAGCAGUCCAUGUGAAAUUCAAAAGAUGGAAAUUAAGAUAUCAUUGUUUGCAAUAUUUGUGAUUUAUGAAAAUGGCAUACAUGUGUGUGUACUUGAUAUAUAUUUGAAGAAGCCUUUGUGUUACAACAUGAAGAAUCUAUUAGUAUAUAUCUAAGAUAUACCAUAUAAUGAAGAAAUCAACACAAAAUGUCGAUAUAGAGUUACACAUUAUUAUUAUAACAUGGCAUAUUUCAGUUCACAACUUGUAAAAACUGACUUGUAAAAACAAAUUAAUGAAAAACUUUGCUGAAAUAAUCUUUGAAAGUUUGAUGUAUUAAAUAACCUAUAGGUUAAAUAUUAAAGUGUGCAGUAAAAUUUACCCUCUUAUAUUUUUUAAAGAAAUUUUGGAGAUUGCUUUGUGCAUGUAAGUUACAAAAAUGUAGUAAAUCAAAUAUUAGAACAGAUAAAAUUAAAAACCAUCAUUCAGGUAUUCAAACUCAGAUCAAAGUAUUCAAGGACACAUGGUUGUGUGCGAGCUACAGGUAUACGAAGGACAUGCUACAAAGAAACUCUUUUCCAAAAUCAUGAAAAUAAAACUAUGUUUAUAUAGGUAAAAGAAAUAAGUUUAGCCCUAUACAGUUUUAUUUUCAUUCAAAUUUCCCCAAUUUCCUUUAAAGUGAAAGUUCACAUUUUUAAAAUAUUUUAGAGAUUUAAUAUAUUUUACAAACAUGACUAAAAUAAAGCCAAAAAUAUAUACCAAUACAUGCAUCACCCGAAAAAGGUUUUCUUGUUAUUUCCAUAUAAACUAUUGUCCUGUCAAUAUCAUGUGAAUUCAAUGCUUGACUUUAACUUAUAUUAUUUCAAAGGUUGUCCAUGAUAAGUAUCCUUUGUAUGCUGUAAAUAGGGGAAUGUACAUUUUAAUGGAUAUUUUUUCUUUGCAGUUCAAUGGUUUCUUUUCCAAACUCUAUAACUCUGAGUAGAGUUCAGAUCAGAACACUUGACUUGUGAAGAUAUUUGAGUAUAUGUGUACCAAACUGAUAUAGUGUAUUGUGCUUCUAGUCAAAAUCAAUUUAUUUUUUCAUUGGUUUGUGAAUUAAUAAAAUUGUGU